AUGCCAAGCACUCGUCGUCAUUCCUAUGAUCUAAACUUUAAGUUGAAGAUCGUAGCAGAAGCGGAAGCCGUGAACAAUAAUCGUGAAAUUGCUCGCGAAUACGGCUUAUCGGAAUCGAUUGUCCGUAAAUGGAGAAACCAACAGCAUUUCUUGUUUUCCGGCGAGGUAAAGAUGACUGCCAAACGUGCCUCGAUGGGUCGCUACAGGCCAAAAGAUCCAGAUGUUGAUCAGCAGUUGGUUGACAGGUUCAGCAACCAAAGAAGCCAAGGUGUCGCAGUAAACAGCAUCAUGAUUCGGCUAAAGGCGAAGGAACUCAGCUCAGAUCCAGACUUCAAGAUUUCCCCUGGCUCAGGUCUUGCGCCAGAGUUAGUAGAAGUUCCUCGCAACCAAAGCAUUGAUAUAGGGGCCAAUGUAACUUUCAACUGCACCGCCACAGGUCUUCCUAAGCUAAGCAUCUCAUGGAUCAAAAACAGUGAUUCAUCUGCCUUACAAACCAACUCAAGGGUGACAUUCAGUUCAAGUUAUAACAAUUUAAGUUCAUCAAAAAACCACAAAACCAUGCAAGGCCAGCUGUUUAUUACAGGAGCGAAGAAAGAAGAUUUUGGCAAAUAUCAAUGUGAGGCCAAAAACAGUGCUGGUAAAAAUUUGUCGCUGCCAGCUUUCUUAACCUCGAAAGAUUCAGAUGACCAGAAACCUGAGAUCGUUGAAGGUCCAAAGAACCAAAGUGUCCUGAUUGGUUCCAAUGCUACCUUAAUCUGCACUGCUAGGGGUCUCCCAAGGCCAACAAUCCGCUGGAUAAAGGACAAUUCUUCAUACCCUUUACAGUCUAAUCUCAGAGCACGUGUCAUUCCAGAAGGGCCAACCAAUCGCAGCCAGCUUUUUAUAACAAGAGUAGAGAUGGAAGACUAUGGAAAAUAUCAAUGCAUUGCAAAUAAUAGCAUUGGAAGAAGCCAAUCAGGAGUGGCUGUCUUGAACAAAGAUGCCCAGAAACCUGAGAUCGUUGAAGGUCCAAAGAACCAAAGUGUCCUGAUCGGUUCCAAUGCUUCCUUAAGCUGCACCGCUAGGGGUCUCCCAAGGCCAACAAUCCACUGGAUAAAGGACAAUGCUUCAUAUCCUUUACAGUCUAACCCUAGAGCACGUGUCAUUCCGGACGGUCGAGCGAAUCGCAGCCAGCUUUUAAUAACGAGAGUAGGGAUGGAAGACUAUGGAAAAUAUCAAUGCAUUGCUAAUAGCAGCAUUGGAAGAAGUCAAUCAGGAGUGGCUGUCUUAAAAAAAGUAACUCCUACUCCCACCCCCGUGAACAGAAAGCCAGAAAAUUCAGCAUCUCAGACAACUAUAGUCGCUGUAUCAUGCACUUUGGUAGCUGCAGUAAUUUGUGUAGUCACUGGGUUUGUGUGGAAUCGGCGUAAAAAUCGUGAUAAGGAGGGACGAAAACGUGCAACAAAGUUGUAUCUGAAAGAAGGCCAAAAGUUGAAAAAUGGGGUACAGAACCUUGAAAACAAUCGGUCGCCCAAUAGCCAAACCAUCGAAAUCCCCGCGGAAAGGCUCCCGUUAAUGGGGGAUGGAGUUGGAGACAGACUGCCUCCAGACGGAAGCGAGUGGGAUGAUUUGGUGCAAGGAAUGAAAGAAAGAAGCCAAGAGAGGUUAGAGUCGAGCGAGGGGAUUGCUGGUGGUGACAUUUCCACAACUGAUAAACACCUGGGUGUCGACGAACAGCGGGAUUGUGGAGAGAUAUCUCAAGAGACCGAGGAAGGUUCCGUAAACUUGGAAAAUCUUGAAGUGUUCGAUGAAAUACUCGGAGAAGGCGAAUUUGGAAUCGUCUAUAAAGGUUGCUAUAGUGGGAAAGACGGAAACAUAACAGAUGUAGCUGUGAAGAAGCUAAAAGACCCUAGUGCCAUUGCCAAAGAAACCCUGCUUAAUGAGAUAAGGACCUUAAAGCAAGCUGGGAAACAUCCUAAUAUUGUCACUUUGAUUGGCACGCGGAUAGAAGGAGGAAACGUUCUUGUGGUCACUGAAUUGAUUCAUGGUGGCAGUCUGGAAAAUCUUUUGAGGGCGCCAGGGGAAAGGAACAAUUAUCAUAACGUCUGCUGUAAGCUGAAUGACCGGCAACUGGUCACAAUUGCAUUUCAGAUCGCCAUGGGAAUGCAGCACUUAGAGGAGAGAAAGUUUGUCCAUCGCGACCUAGCAGCAAGGAAUAUUUUAAUUGAUGCCAACUUAGUGGCUAAAGUUGGAGACUUUGGAUUAGCCAGGGACAUAUCCGCUGCUGGUAUAUACACCAUAACCUCCAGCGGCAAGGUUCCGUGGAGAUGGUCGUCGUUAGAAUCUCUACGAGAUCUGCAUUUUACAUCCAUGAGUGAUGUGUGGUCAUUUGGUAUCGUUCUAUGGGAAAUCGCCACUUAUGGUGAGUUGCCAUACCCUGACAUCACAUCACCAAUUGCCUUAGUAACUCGACUUGCUUCGGGAUACCGGAUGCCUCGUCCCGAUCGAUGUUCAGAAGAACUAUAUGAACUCAUGAGUUCUUGUUGGAAAGAAAAUCCUUUGAUGAGACCAGCCUUUUCGCGGAUCGCUCAACAGCUGAAGAAUUUUUUGCGAGAAGUGAAGAGGACAUAUACAAAUAUCACAGAGGUCAACAAUGGAGAAGCUUGAUGAUACCCUGACGCUGAAGCAAACACCUCAUUUUAUUUGAAUGAUAUUAAGAAGAUAACCACGAGAUCUCAAAUAAGCGCAUAAACCCAACAAAUUAGAAUCAAUUUUAUUUUCCUUUGUAGAGGAAAGUACUCCUCACAAUAGAUACUGCAAAUCGUAGCAGAGAAUAAAACGGUGCAUCCUGUAUUA